AUGCUUCAUCACUUUUUCAUGCUAUCUGGCAAGAGGACUAUAUGCUUCUACUAAAAUACCAUUCUUUUAGCAAAAUUCUAUUGUUUUUUUAUUGAAACAUAGAGGGUGAAUUUCAAACUAAUUCAUUUCUGGUUUGAAUUCACUUUUUUCAAUUAAAUGCUGGAGAUGGUUAAUAUUAAAGUUACUGACUCCAAUAUGUUUAAUUACACCUGCUUUUCUCAACUCUAUAAGGGCCUUCCAUGUUUCGAGACGAAUUUGGGCGUUUUUAGGGUCAUUUGGAGGCAAUUUGCUAACUCCUGGCCAAUGGAUUAAAACACAAUCUAGAUAUUUAAUAUUUAAGCGAGUAAGCAUAUCUUAAACAGCUUUUUUGGCCUAUUCAUAACCUUAUUCACCAGGACUUAUUUUAGAAGUGAUAAAUAAGUCUUCACGUUUAAUUCCAUAAGCAGGAUUGUGUAUAACCUUUGCUAUAUCUUAUUCAUUUCUAUAAACGCUAGCAGUAUCAAUAUGAGUAUAUCCAAUCUUAAGUGCUUCUGUUACUCCUAUGAUGCAGUCAUUCUAACGUAGCUCAUAAGUACCGUAGCCGAUCUAAGGAAUGCUGCCUCCUUCACGGAAAUUUAAAAUAGGGACUUUAACUUUACCUAAUUUAAUUUAUUGAGUUUCCAUUUUUAUUGA